AUGUUUUCUUGGUCCAAUGGCAGUGGUACCAAGACGUAUCCAGGCCGACGGCUCAACGGUGAAGCUUCAGGUGCAGUAGAAGGAUCAAUAAGACCACCGAAUUCCUCUUUUACCAGAGCGCAACACCUGAAAUCCUAUGUCGAAGAUUCUACUUUGAAGCGGUCAACCAGACGCGUAAGCUCUGAUGACACGACGUACGACACUGUUUUUCAAACGACAGAGGGCGAUACCUUGAUUUUGCGAGUCAAUAUGCCAUUACAGUCAUCCUUUGCCAGUUUCUGUCCAGCCAUGACUUUGGCCGGAGUUCGUUGCAAACAUCCCUGGGUCGAGCCUCAACGAAUGCGAGUUACGGGUUAUGAUCCUAUUCAAUCAGAACAUGCUUGGAACGAAUGCGGUCUAUUGCUAGGAAAUGCAGUUCACGAUGUGGUCAAAUACUUUCAAUUGAAUCCCCCGCAAAUUUUGGAAUUCACCGAUCGUGGUUUGGAAUCAGUUCAAACCAAAACCAAAAAGACUACGCCACCUGCGAAUGAUGGGCUGCACAAUGGAACGGCACAGACACCCCCUCGGUAUCAACAGCAGCAUCAACAGCAGCAACAAGGGAGUCAAGCACCGCCGAGCUACGAAAUUUUUGCCAAACAAACCAACACACCUCCACGGCCAAAUCCUCCCCCAGAUGUCCCGCUUCCGGCUAUACCACAAACCUUUCCGACGGUCGAUACUAUGGAAAGGGACGAAUUGGACAGCAAGAUGGGAGAAGACUUCGCCUUCCAGGCAUAUGUGCAAGCAUUGCCAGUGUAUGAAGAAUUGCAAACAAUACGUUCUGGUAAAGCGGAGGAAGUUAAAAAGUUGGCAGAAGAAAACUUGAGUAAGGAGUCCGAAUUGAAGGAGCUCCAUCAAAGCGUUGCAGCAAAACAAAAGGAACUGCACGAAAAGAUCACAGCAUUUGAAGUUUUAGAAAAGCAACAAAACGACUUGUGUCAGCCUCCCGACAAAAAGAUUACGCUUAAGAAACUGAACAAGGCCAAGAAGGAAGCCUUUGAGAAAGCGGAAGAAUAUGCCGAGGAAUGGAUUCAGGAUGGAGCGGCUUCUGUCGAUGAUUUCGUCAAGGAGUUUGUGGAACUUCGCAAGGUGCAUCAUUUGCGGGGGGCCAAGAUGGAAAUUUUGCAAAACUCGACCCAACAAAUAUAG